AUAAAAUAUAAACACGUGAAAAUCUGAAAAUCCAAACGAGAAAAUGGCCAAGUUCAAUCUGAAGAAACAGUCGAAGCGACAGCCUGCGCGCUUAAGAUACAAGGUUGAAAAGAAAAUCCGUGAUCACAACAGAAAAGUAAAAAAAGAAGCCAAAAAGAACCCCAAAAAGGGAAAACAGAAGGUUAUACAAAUUCCGAACAUUUGCCCAUUCAAAGGAGAUAUCUUGAAAGAAGUAGAAGCCCUUAAGAAACAGAAAGAGGAGGAAAAACAGAAACUACGUGAUGCUGCACGGUUAGAAAGGCAAAAGCUGAAAGAAGGCCAGAAACAAAAUGAGUUAUCUGGAGGUCUGCAAGGUCUUGUUUCUAAUGCUGAAGUUCGAGACAAGUUGCAUGAACAUUUGACGCCAAAUGUGCUGGAAAAAUCACAUGAAUCAAAUAGUGAGAAUUCUUUGAAACAAUAUUACAAAGAAUUCAGGAAAGUAAUUGAAGCUGCAGAUGUAGUUUUGGAAGUGGUUGAUGCAAGGGACCCUUUGGGAACUCGAUGCAAACAAGUAGAACAAGCUGUAAUGGAUAUGAAAGGCAAUAAAAGACUUGUACUCAUUUUAAAUAAAGCUGACUUGGUCCCUAGAGAUAUUCUGGAUAAGUGGUUGAAAUUUCUCAAGAAAACUACCCCUGCAGUAGCCUUCAAAGCAUCUACACAAAACCAAAGUAGAAAAUUAGGACAGAAAAAAUUCUCAAAAUCAGAUAAGGUGUUACAGAAUUCAUCUUGUGUUGGAGCUGAAUUGUUGAUGUCUCUUUUGGCAAAUUAUUGUAGAAAUAAGGGAAUAAAAACUUCAAUAAGGGUUGGUAUUGUAGGGUUACCAAAUGUUGGUAAAAGUUCCAUUAUUAAUAGUUUGAAGAGAUCUAGGGCCUGCAAUGUUGGUGCCACUCCUGGAGUUACAAAGACUGUGCAAGAAGUGCAGUUGGAUUCAAAAAUUAAACUACUAGACUCCCCAGGUAUAGUUUUUGCAUCUGGAAAUGACAGUAGUGCUUCUUUGAGGAAUGCUAUUCGAAUUUCUUCACUAGCUGAUCCUAUAGUACCUGCCAAUGCAAUUUUACAAAGAGUUACUAAACAACAGAUGAUGGAAAUGUAUGAUAUUACUGAAUAUGACACCCCAGAAGAAUUUUAUAGCAAAAAAGCUGCACGUACUGGUAGAUUCAAAAAAGGAGGAGUCCCUGAUUCUGUGGCAGCAGCUAGGGGUUUAUUAGAAGACUGGAACAAUGGCAAGAUAAAAUAUUACACUCUGCCUCCUGAAGAAGACUUGACCAAUGUUCAUAUUAGCUCAGCAAUAGUAACUGAGAUUGCUAAAGAAUUUGACUUGGACAACUUUGAAAGCAUGGAGACUGAAGUAUUGAAUAAAAUUGAAAAAGAAUCAGGAAGCAAAGACAAUGCUUUCCUUUUAGAUAGCCUAGGUCCAGUUGAAGAAAUGGAGGAAGACACUGUUGAAGACAAGCAAUUGCUUAGUAAAAAAAUUAAUGUGUCAACCACAAAAAAGGCUCAGAAAGGAAAAGGUGUAGCAAGGACAAAAAAAGUGGAUCCUGAAAUGGAACUGGAAGGGAACCAGAAACUGAAUCAGAUAAAGAAGUUGCAGUUCAAGAAAGAAAAGAAACAGAGAAAUAGAAGGGCUAAGGUUUCAAAGGAGUUAUCACAAAGUUUGGAGAGUUUUUCUUUGAAAACAGAUAAGAGUAUGUCUGUUGAAAGUUAUGAUUUUGAUGCAGAUUUCACAGAAAAAUAGUAUGAUGAAUUAAAUCUGUGAAU